GCUAUUGAGGUCGAGCAUGUCAUGAAUACAGAAUCUCCCAUAGACUUCAGAUGACCUGAAGGUUCAUUCUUAUCCUACGAUGGGCAUGAGCGACUGGGCAUCUGUAGAACCAGUCUCGUCAACACUGGCAGCACAACUGGCACCGCGUCUCUCAUCCCAGGGAAGCCAGAUUCAUCAUCUAACCAAAGAAGCCUUUGCGCAACUUCGACAAGAACUUUUGGAGGGGAAAUUCAGUCACUUAAGCCUUGAUGACAGUGCUACCGAUGUUAGCAGACUUGUUUGCAUCGUGCUCAAGGCCGGCCUUGAGCCGUGUAUGAACGAUGAAAAGCCGGACGAGGCAGACCUGAACGGGCAAUUGUUGGAUUGUUUGGACAUCAUCAAAACGGCAGUCAGCAAAGCCCCCCACACUCUAACAAAGGUUCCUGAUCCAGAAAUCCUCGGCGAAAAGGCUUGCGCUCCGUUAUACGUUUGGCUGGCUGUCCGACUUCUUCACCUGUCAUCUGUCCGAUGUAAUGAGAUCGUCAAGGAGAAGAUCACUGGCAUCUUCUCGAUCAUAGUUUGUGCUCAAUAUAAACAUACUAGACUAUGGUCUACCUGUCAUGUCAUCCCCACAUUCCUACGGGCUUGCGUAACCGAGGUCAUAUUAAUCCUAGAAAGGCUCUGUGCUUGCGGACGAUGGGACGCCUCCCAAUUCAAGUUGUCAUUUCCACUGCCCGGAGGACCUCUUUCCGUAGGACUAGGCAGAAUCAGCCUCCCCCGGAAUCUGUUCAGGAAAGGAUUUAAGAUUGGAUCAACCGAGAGAGCCUUCAAUUUAAUCCUCGCUCUCCUUGAAUCGUUUGUGGUCCCGGAAAGCAGCCCUACAUCUGUUCCUGAUAAGGCUUCAAUCGUCCGCCAGAACCUUGCUUGGAUCCUGAACGGCUAUGAACGGCUAUGGAACGUUCUUUCGAGUUGGCUCCGGUCGCCCAGCUUAGAUAACCUCAAGUCCAAAGUCGAACUCUGCUCGCACUUCCUGACGUCGAUACGGCCGUACUGCUUCUAUGGAUCAUCAUUUGCAACGGAAAUAGCAUAUGAUGUUCCUCGAAUGCUAGGUGACAUACUGUCCUUAAACUAUCUGGACCAUUAUCCCUCCCUUCAGUUGAAUACGAGUCAGUUCAUUGACGAUUUGUGCCUUCCUGAUAAUUGUACGGAGGGCCGAGUCAAAUGCCUUAGGGGUCUUUUGUCACCCUUAAGCGAUACUUUGAAGAAAGCCACUUUCGAAUCUCUUGAACCACAUCUUCAGGCUGCAGUUCGCAACGCUUUCACUAAGGCAAUGCGUGUGGUUUCAACGGUCGAGUCCGCCACACUUUUGACCAACCAUGCCGUUGGAACAAUGCCCGAUUCUCUCUCUUGCAGCCAAGGGCUGUUGGCGAUAAACCAGGAGGUCGAAGGUGAUGAAUUUAUGCGAGCAUCCAAGCGCUAUUGUCGCCCUCAGCCAAGGAAUGGGCAAGACGGCUCAAACACCACUCAGCAGCUCAUCUCAAAAUCACUUAAGAUUCUGCGUUUCGAAGGCUCUCCGGACUUGCAAACUCUUAAGCUUGCAGUUAUCAAGUCAUUCCCUACCAUUUCUGAUCAAAAUAAAUGCGAAGUUCUGGAUAACCUAAGCCGUUUACCUUGUGCAUUUGGAGGUAGCUCAACGACAACCGUCCAGGGUGACCUUCUGCGCAAGCAACUUUGCCGUAUGUGUGACGAGGAAUGUCAGGACAGCGACCUGUUUAAAGGGCAAACCGAUGAGAGCGAUGAAUUAUGUCUAAUACUGACAUUCGUUGUUCCCAAAAUUUCGCGUUCCUCGAAUAUCAGAGUGAUUACUAUGGCUACUAUGAAGCGAAUCUUGAUGCACACCUUGAGCUCGACGCAUCUGCAGCUCUCGAACUCUAUUUUUGGUGACUUUAUACUCAAUUCCCUUCGAAGUUCUUUGCGGGAACUUCGGGUAUUGGCAGGACAGUCGAUUGUCUGUUUUGUACGCCAUUGUUUAGAUCAUGAAACCAGGCGCAGGAAUUUCGUUGUCAUCCUAAACUGGUUGAAAAAUCUAACGGAGGAACAAGAGACGGCACUUCAUGAGACUUGCAUUAUGAGCUUGUGUCGGCUAGCACGGUUUUCAAACGAUGAAGAGAUGAAUAUAAUCCUUCUCCGCCUCGUAGAGUAUCUCGGACACCCGAACCCAUUCCUCUGCGGCGUGGCGUACACCGAAAUAUCGAAGCUUGCACAACAUCUUGUCAUGUCGCCGGCUGGGUUAUUUCGUCCUUUCUGGAGGACACUCUCCGUGACCGUCGUCAAGAAUCUACAAUCCCGUCCGUAUAUGGCGGAGCAAUUAUGCGACCUGCUUGGGAUGACAGUUGAUGAUUUUCUGAGACUAACAGAAGUCUAUGUCUUGCCCCACCUGGUACUCUGGCGUAAAAGGGAAGUUAUCGCUCGAAUUGGGUGUACCUAUAAGGACGCCAAAACACCCUUCGAUAUAUGCUCAGAGAAAGACAACCUCGCAGCAAUACUUGCGUUCCUACUAUGCCAACCCUCAUCAGAGCCUCAGAAAAUGAUUAUGUCAACGCUGUCUGCUGUUGACCCUGCUUUCAACGGGCGUACCCUAGCAGAGCUGGUGAGAAUCGAGCCAAUCUUGAUCGCGUGCGACCUUCUAAAAGGCCUUGGUGACAGUGAGGAUGAGAAGGGAGCAAAGUUCCAACAAGCCCUACGCAUUCUAGCCUCUCUCGUGCCACGGAAAUCCGCAUAUGCGUCGAAAAAGUCAAAUUUGGUAGGCCACUUCAUUGAGGAGCAUGUCCUUGGAAUAAUUACCCAAUUUGCGCACGCCAUAAAUGAUUUCCAGAUAAGACAGCCGCUCGUGGAGAAGAAAAGGAACAUCAUGGCUAUCGGCGCGAUGAUCAAAGUUGCGCCCGGGCAUGUCAGUAGUGCUUUGCCUCAGAUAUGUGCUUGCCUGCGGUCGGCAUUAGAGAUCAAAGAACUGUGCAAUAAUGCCUUCCGGGUAUGGGGUGUGUUAGUGAGCUCUCUGCAUAAAGAAGAGGUCGAGCCUCUUCUCGACCAGACACUCGCUAUCGUCAUCAAGCAUUGGGUGACCUUUACUGAGGAUACCAGGAAGUUUGCUUACGAGCUGGUUGAGCAUAUCUUGGAGUCUCACCAGGAACUUCUGCGAGAUAUCUUUGGUAUCAUGCCGUCCUUGGCUUCUAUACCUGUACUCUCUCGGUUCGAGGCUAGUAUUAAUGAGUUGAAAGGGACACUGGAUGUUCGGAGUCAUUUCAUGGCUUUCGCCCGUCGUUGCCUGAGUGAAAAUGCCACUGUCGUUGAGCAGGCCUUGACGGAACUUGUCUCGUACCUUGAGAGACACGAGGAGUUCGUCCACAGAUCUGUUCUCAGCGAGCAGCCAGAUCCAGCUGUCGCACAUUUAGUUAGGUCUCUACUUGACUGCUGCGUGAAGUUCAACAUUACGUCGGAAUCCAUCACCUUGCUUUGCGCUCGCUGUCUCGGCCAUAUCGGCUGCCUAGAUCCAAAUCGGGUUGACACAAUCAAAGAGAAGAAAGGGAUCCUUGUAUUGUCGAAUUUUGAUAAGAUGGAGGAGACAUUCGACUUCGUACUUUUUUUCUUCCAACACGUGUUGGUUGACGCCUUUUUAUCAGCGUCCAAUACCAGGGCUCAAGGUUUCCUAGCAUAUGCCAUGCAGAAUUUACUGAUGUUCUGCAACCUGAACUCCGCCGUUACCCAGCGUUCACGCGGUGUCCAGGCUGACGAGAAAUACCAACGGUGGUUGGAGCUUCCCGAAACCGUCCGCAAUACCCUGACGCCUUUUCUGACCUCAAGAUAUACCGUUACUAUCAAGGCCGCUAGCUCCAAUUGCACCUUUCCAUUGUUCGCCCCGGGAAUGAGCCAUGCAGACUGGCUACGAGCCUUCGUACAAGGCUUGUUGCAAACCGGGAAUGGUGAUAACGCAAAGACCGUAUUUAGCAUUUGCAGUCGUAUCAUCAAAGGCCAGGAUAUAUCGAUAGCGUCAUUCCUCUUUCCGUUCGCGGUUUUGCACCGCGUAGUUGGAGGAACUGAGAAGGAAAAGGAUGAGCUGCAAGGGGAGCUAAUGAACAUUCUCGCGCAUCCUCUCCCAGAAAACAAGAAUGACGUCCACGAAGCGGUCCUCUUAUGCAGCCAGAGUGUCUUCGAGGUGCUAGACUACCUUUCGAGAUGGGUGCAGGGGAAGAAAAAACAGUUGAACAAUCUAAAAAAUCGCGGUUACCACAGGGCCUCCAAGGAAAACGAACGGGAUUUAUUAGUUGAAUCAUACACCGCUCAAGUCAAAGCAGUGGAAUGUCUUCUGAGUUCUAUACCUCCAGAAGUCAUAUCCAAGCGAGCUGUGGAGUGCAAGUCUUUCUCUAGGGCAUUAUUUCAUUGGGAACAGUAUAUUCGUCAGUAUAAGACUCGUCCCAAGACACAACAGUAUACCAGCCUCGAAUCCCUCUACGAACAUCUUCAGGGAAUCUAUAGUCAAAUAGACGAGCCAGACGGCAUUGAGGGUAUCUCGACCCAUCUGCACGUUCUCAACAUUGACCAACAGGUGCUUGAGCACCGGAAGGCAGGAAGAUGGGCCACAGCACAAAGUUGGUAUGAAUUGCAACUUGAAAGGGAACCCGAUAAUCUCGACGCUCAAUGGAACCUCUUCACUUGUUUGAAGGAAUCAGGCCAACAAGAUGCUAUUCUCACGCGUUUCGAGAUUCUCCAAAACACAAGUUCCGUUCCCAGAUUCCUUCCAUUCGCGGUGGAGGCGUCAUGGAUGACAGGGAAAUGGGAGAAGAUGCACAACUAUCUCGAGCUUUGUCCGCAACAGGCUACAGCGGACUUCAACAUAGGCAUUGGCUUGGCUCUAGAUGCUUUUCGUCGGGGCGAACCACAGCAGUUUAGGGAAAUCGUUGAUAAGUUGAGACUGAGUGUCGCUAGGUCCCUCACUGCCAACUCUGUCACUUCGUUACAAUCUUGUCAUGAUAGCAUGCUCAAGUUGCAUGCCUUGACAGAGAUAGAGUCUGUUGUCCUAGCAGGAGGCGCAGAUGGAAGUCAAGGCUCCCGCUCGUGUCUACGUGAUGCUUUGGAUCGUCGGCUAGACGUCCUGGGAGGAUAUAUAUCCGACAAGCAGUAUCUUCUCGGCUUGAGAAGAGCUGCCAUGGAAUUGGCUGGCAGCUUCGCAGAUUCCGAUAUAGCCGCUGCCUGGUUGACAAGCGCUCGGCUGCUGAGAAGGGGCAAUUUCGGCAACCAAGCGUAUCAGUCAAUGCUUAAUGCUGCCCACUUGAAGGACCGCUCCGCCACCAUUGAACAUGCUCGACUGCUCUGGAAAGACGGUCAUCACCGCAAAGCUAUACAGAUCCUAGAGGGAGCGAUAGCCGCAAAUGAAUUUGCCGCUCCUGCAUUGAGCUCCAAUAAUCCAAAUCGUCAAUACGGCUUUUCAAACCAUGAAAAACAACAAAAUCUACUUGCCGCCAGGGCGCAUCUAUUAUUAGCGAAAUGGACCGAUAGAGCAGGACAAACGCAGUCGGACAUUAUAGUGCAAAGAUAUCGCGAGGCAAUUAAGCUCCAUAACAGAUGGGAAAAGGCACAUUAUUAUCUUGGGAAGCAUUACAACAAAAUCUUGGAUUCGGAGAAGUCGAAGCCGCUCGGAAAAGAAGCACAAAUCUACUUGAGUGGUGAGGCGUCAAAACUAGUCGUUGACAAUUACCUUCGGUCAUUGGCACAUGGAAAUAAAUAUGUUUUCCAGUCACUGCCCAAAGUCUUGACCCUCUGGCUGGAACACGCCUCGACCGUCGAACAGCCCUUGGAUCCAAAAAGAGGGGACAACACGGAUUUCCAAGCACAUACUCUAAACCAACGGAGGAAAAGUCUAGAUGACAUGCACUCGCAGUUGAGGAAGUAUGUCAACAGAAUGCCAGUUGCAUUGCUCUUCACAAUCCUCCCCCAAGUCGUCGCGCGAAUAUGCCAUCCAAAUCCCACGGUUUAUAACCUGUUGACCAAGAUCGUGGCGAAGGUAGUGAAUGCCUUUCCUCAGCAAGGACUGUGGACCGUCCUUGCCGUAGCCAAGUCAUCAUCUGCAGACAGAGCAUCGAGAGGACUCACUUGCCUCGACAAGAUCACCGAUAUCAGCAAGAGGUUGAAAACAGAAUCAACCACUGACAUACGUGGAAUGAUAAACCAAGGCCAGAAAUUCUCAGACGAGCUGUUGAAGUUGUGUGUGGCUAAGAUCGAAAACAAAACCUCCCGGAUCAACCUUGCACGGAACCUCAAUUUUAAUCAUAAAGUAGCCCCGUGCCGACUUGUCGUUCCUUUCCAGACUAUGCUCACUCCAACCUUGCCAGCUAGUCAUGACGCCGAGUACCUAAAGGGAUUCAGGGCUUUUCCUCGGGAUCCAACAACCAUUGAAGCCGUCCUCGACGAUGCUCAAAUCCUCAACUCGCUCCAAAAACCUCGCAAAAUUAGCAUUCGAGGGUCGGACGGGAGGAUUUACAAUAUCCUGUGCAAACCGAAAGAUGACCUCCGGAAAGACCAACGCCUGAUGGAGUUCAAUAACAUGAUUAACAGAUUUUUGAAAAAGGAUGUAGAAUCCAGCAAACGACGCAUGUAUAUCAAAACAUAUGCUGUUACGCCGCUGAACGAGGAAUGUGGGCUUAUCGAGUGGGUGGACAAUCUCAGGACUCUGAGAGAUCUGGUCACGAGGGCACUUAAGGAGAGAGGUAUAACGCCGAAUUAUGAUGAAAUACGACAUUAUCUCAAUGAGGCAUGCUCAGACCCUUCUAAAGUCUCAAUAUUUACAGACAAGGUCCUAGCGACCUUUCCCCCAGUAUUGCACGAGUGGUUCGUGGAGAUGUUCCCUGAGACUGGUGCUUGGUUUGCCGCUAGGCUUCGCUAUACUCGGUCAUGUGCUGUAAUGUCCAUGGUUGGAUAUGUCCUAGGCCUAGGAGACCGGCACGGUGAAAACAUACUCUUUGAGGAAGGCACUGGUGGCAUCCUGCAUGUCGACUUCAACUGUCUUUUUGACAAGGGCUUGACGUUCGAUAAGCCAGAGCUGGUGCCAUUUCGCCUCACGCAGAAUAUGAUUGACGCCUUUGGUGCUUACGGGUAUAAUGGUCCAUUCCGAAAAACAUGUGAACUCAGUCUCGAUCUCCUGAGACAGAAUGAAGACGCCCUCAUGACCAUACUGGAAACAUUUUUACACGACCCGACGACUGAUUUUAUUGGCAAAAAGCGACGAACUCAUGCAAAUGUCCCGGAUACUCCUGCUGGCGUCCUCGAAAAUGUUCGUAACAAGCUCCGCGGCCUUCUUCCCGGUGAAUCGGUCCCACUGUCAGUAGAUGGUCAUGUCGAUGAACUGAUCAUCCAAGCGACCGAUGAACGGAAUCUCGCGGCGAUGUACAUUGGUUGGUGUGCUUUCUUUUAGAUUGAGGAAAGAGCACGGGCUUUAAUGCUCCGGGACUGUGACAAGCAAAUUAGAUCGUCUCGAAAGGUACUUCAUCAUAAAUGCAACCAGAACUCACGCUGUAUUUAAAGUCAAUAAA